AUGGCUAAAUACGACCACCUUUCCAAAGAGGAAUUAUUAAGAAUUAUUGAAAAACAGGAGAAAGAGUUGGAAAUCAAAAAAUAUGGUCUCGUUUGGGAUAGAGAAAGAGAAUCCGAGAAAGUAGUUUUAGAGUGUGAAAAUAAUUUACCGAUACUUAAAAGAAUUAGGGAAAGGCAAAUUAAAACUGACAAUAGCGAUGACAACAUUUUAAUUGAAGGAGAUAACUAUCAUUCCCUUACUGUCCUUAAUUACACGCACAAGGGAAAAAUCGACCUAAUUUAUAUCGAUCCUCCUUAUAACACCGGAAAAGAGGAUGAGUGA